CCUGCAGCUGCAGCCAGACCAGUACGUGAGAGUCUGCAUGCUCGCUGCUCCAGGACACACGUCUUCGCCCUUACAGCCUCGGAGCACAGCUGAUCUCAGACUAUCGUCCGUCUGGUGAUGAGGACCGUGCUGUGCGUCCAUCGCGGAGAAGUAGGAGAAGUAGGAGGAGGUCGGGGCUCCAUUUGUGUUGAUCUGAGUGUGAGCUGUUGAACUCUCCAGGACGGGAGGGCAGAAAGUGCCCUUUGUGUCUAAUGCAACUAGGAGUGGAUUUGUGAUUAGUUUGAAGAUGAUUUGCAGGCACGUUCACUCGAGGACCUGUAAAGCAUGGCUGUCUCGGAUUUCCUUGAGGCAGGAGCCGUGUUUCUUCUCGUCCGUGCCCCCCCAGCCGGUGCCCCCGCUGAGCCAGACCCUGCAGGGGUACCUGCGGGCCCUGGAGCCCCUGCUGCCCCCCGGGGAGCUGCAGCACACCCGCAGGAUGGUGCAGGACUUCAGCCGGCCGGGAGGGCUGGGGCAGCAGCUGCAGGACGGGCUGGAGAGGAGAGCCAGGAUCAACAAGAACUGGAUCACAGACUGGUGGGUGCAGUGGGCGUAUCUGGAGAGCAGGCAGCCCCUGCCGGUGCACUCCAACCCCGGCAUCUCUUUGCCCCGGAGAGACUUUAACGACUGGAGGAGCCAGCUGGUGUUUGCAUCCAAACUGAUAGCAGCAGUCCUGGACUUUAAGGCCAAAAUGCACACCGGGCAGCUGCCGGUGGAGUACAUGCGGGGGAAGCCGCUCUGCAUGGAGCUGUAUCCACUCCUCUUCUCCUCCUGCAGGAUCCCCGGCCCCAAACACGACUACGUGGCCCACCACGGCAGUGGUCGCCGUUCACCCACGCACAUCACCGUGGUCAGGAACUACCAGUUCUUCCAGCUGGAGGUUUACAACAGCGACGGCUCUCGGAUGACGGAGAGUCAGAUUCACAGUCAGCUGCUGAGGAUCAGGUCUCAGUCCUGGAAGACGGACAAGGAGCCGAUGGGCAUCCUGACCAGCGAGCACCGGCACACCUGGGGCCAGGCCUACAACCGCCUGCUGAGAGACAAGUUGAACCAGGAGUCGGUGCACCUGAUUGAGACGGGGCUUUUCUCCGUGUGUCUGGAUUCCCCGGUCAUGAGGAUAUCAGAUGAGAAGUAUGCCAGCCGCAAGGCAGCGCAGGUUCUGCACGGGGGCGGGACGUUCUCCAACAGCGGCAACCGUUGGUUUGACAAGACGCUGCAGUUCGUGGUGGGCGAGGACGGCUCCUGGGGUCUGGUGUACGAGCAGGCCACGGCCGAGGGCCCGCCCAUAGCAAACCUGCUGCAUCACAUCCUGGAGUACUGUGAGAAGCCCGACCCGAAGCGAGCGCCCCUGGUCCCCCUGCCGAUGCCGAAGAAGCUCUACUUCCACAUCGACCGAGAGAUCAAGUGGGACAUCGAGCAGGCCAAGCAGAACCUGGACAUAUUGAUCAAUGACCUCGACGUCAACGUGUUCAACUUCAAAAAGUUCGGCAAAGAGCUUCCCAAGCAGCACCACAUGAGUCCAAACUCCUUCAUCCAGGUGGCUCUGCAGCUCGCCUACUACAGAGUUCAUGAUGAGGUGGUUCCCUCCUGUGAUAUCGCCUCUCAGAGGAUGUUUCGAGGAGGAAGGACGGAGUUUAUCCGCUCGCCUACGAAUCAGACGCUGAAAUUCAUUCAGGCCUUUGCUGAUUCAUCCGUGUCGAGAGAAGCAAAGCUGGAACUGUUCAGAGAAGCCGUGGAUGCCUAUACCGCUCUGACCGCACAGGCGCUUAAAGGACACGGCAUCGACCGCCACCUGCUGGGGCUCAAGAUACAGGCCAUCGAGAAGGGACUAAGCAUUCCCAAGAUGUUCAUGGACACGGCUUACGGCCUGGCGACGCACUGGAAGCUGCGGACGGGACAGGUGCCUGCCAACACUGACAGCGUGAUGUCUUUUGGGCCGCUCGUCCCCGAUGGCUAUGCCGUUUGUUACAACCCCCAGGCGGACCACGUCCACUUCUCCAUCACCGCCUUCAACUGCUGCGAGGAGACGAACGCAGAGACGUUGGCUCUCACCCUGAAGGACACGCUGUGUGAGCUGCAGGAGCUGCUGCAGCCCGGCCCGUAGAGAGAUCAACCCGCUCUGCACAGCAAAGAACAAGACAGUCUCUCAUAGGAUUCCUGUUCAAAUCACAUAAGAGUCCUGUUACUGUCAUGUAUACCUUAUGGUACACUUCAUUGUACUUUUUGAUUCUGAGAGAGCCUGAAGACUAAACCCAAUACUCAAAUGUGCUUUUGAUACUUUUUUAAGAAGCUUUCCUGCAUGAUGAAGUUGCCUGAAAGCUGCUCUGGUGGAAAUGACACUCCAGCAAGCCAAAGUUUGAACUCACAGCACCUCAGUAAUCCUCCACGGAGAAUAAACGAUUGAUAUUUCACUUUGCAAACAGAGCUCAUUCUCACAUUUUUUGAAUUUUUUGAUUUUUGUAGAUUCACACAGGUGUUUUGAAAAGGACCAAAGGAAAUUAAGAAGGUUAUUAAGGGUGAUGGCACAAAGAAAUAUCAGGCAUUUUUGCCUCCUGAGCUCAAAGCAGGUAAUAUUUGAAGUGUGAAGAUGUUUGGCUUCUCAGAGCUGCAUGUAGUCUUCUUUCAACCUGCAGGACCGGUUAAUAAAACGUGUGAUCGCAUGAGUCCUCUGAGUGCUAUGUGUUGAUGGAAGUGUGUGUUUUCUACCGAUGGCACUUUUUUUUUUCUCAGGCAUUUUUGCAAAUAAGUGUGAAUGACUUGUUGGU